AUGGCGUCCUCAUCAUCGAAUGUUGUGGGCGUCCACUACCGCGUAGGGAAGAAGAUCGGUGAGGGAUCGUUCGGUGUCAUCUUCGAGGGCACGAACCUUUUGAACAACCAGCAGGUGGCCAUCAAGUUUGAACCGAGGAAGAGCGAUGCGCCUCAACUAAGAGACGAGUACCGAACAUACAAGAUCCUCGUGGGAUGCCCGGGAAUUCCAAAUGUCUACUACUUUGGCCAGGAGGGACUACACAACAUAUUGGUUAUUGACCUGCUGGGACCGAGUUUGGAGGACCUGUUCGACCACUGCAACAGGCGAUUCUCGAUCAAGACCGUCGUGAUGGUGGCAAAACAGAUGUUGUCACGAGUACAAACCAUACACGAGAAGAACCUGAUCUACCGCGAUAUUAAGCCCGACAACUUCUUGAUCGGACGGCCAGGCUCGAAGGCUGCCAAUGUGAUCCACGUCGUCGACUUUGGUAUGGCCAAGCAGUACCGAGACCCCAAGACGAAGCAGCACAUUCCUUAUCGGGAACGCAAGAGCUUGUCCGGAACCGCGCGUUACAUGAGCAUAAACACCCAUCUGGGACGCGAACAGUCGCGACGAGACGAUUUGGAGGCGUUGGGCCAUGUUUUCAUGUACUUUCUGCGAGGUGGACUCCCUUGGCAGGGGUUGAAGGCUGCUACCAACAAGCAGAAGUACGAGAAGAUCGGAGAGAAGAAGCAGACCACUCCCAUCAAGGAGCUUUGCGAGUCGUUCCCUGACGAGUUCAACCAGUACUUGAGCUACGUUCGCAACCUCGGUUUCGAGGACACGCCCGACUACGACUUCUUGCGUGAUCUUUUCACACAGGCGUUGAAGAACAGUGGGGAGGUGGAGGAUGGCGAGUACGAUUGGAUGAAGCUGAACAACGGUAAGGGUUGGGAAGCCAUCUCGAAGCAUUCCGCACACUACCAUCAUGGCCAGAGCCCGAACCACGCCACGACGGCAGGGGAGCUUCGACACGUUCCUCCCGCACAGGUCCGCCAACCUAACUCAGCCAUCCCGUCCGGCCGUUUAAACGCCCCGCAACCCCCGCCCCCAUCGCCAGGCAAACAGAUGGGUAUGAAGCGAGGCGAAGGGCGAAGCGUUCAAAACGCUCCCCAAACCAAACGACCGAACGUCGCGGCGGGGGGCCUACAACAGCCGGUGAUGGGAACGCCGAACCCGAGCACUCAGGCUCAGUUCCAACCGUCAACGACCAACCUGCCUCAAGCCGCUAGGGGACAGUCACCUCAAGCGUUGAAUCAGCAAAGUCACCAGAGCCGAGGCAACGCGGAAGAUGGCUCGACCAAGAAGACAACUUGGCAGAAGAUACAGGGUGUGUUCUGCUGCGGAAUGUGAUUGGCAUGUGGCUCCCGCUCGCUCGUGUACGGGGCGGUCCGCAACAACUUGUCCCAAUGGAUCUAAUAAUGAGAGUUGGCCUGCUAAUUACAAACCCAAUUCCCACGUUACAUUUCUCUUUGUCACCUGUUUAAUAUUACCCUCUGUCUUCAGCUGCGUUUCCCUUUUUUUUCUUUUGCGAUUCCUUCUCGACUAUCCUUACACAACGUUGACGACGACACGAAUCC